AUGUUCAUCCUAUGUUUAUUAACAGCUUUCAUAUGGGGUAUAACAAAUUGGUAUUUGAAAGAAGGUUCAACAGGUUUACAAAAAAUUCACUACGAUAAUCGAAUCAAACAAUUUGGUGCAGAAAUUUGGUAUUUCUUUACUAAUGCAAAAUAUUGGGUUCCAUUUUUAUUGAAUCAAUGUGGUUCUGUACUUUAUUAUUAUAGUCUUUCAAAAACUGGUAUUAUUUCUUAUUUUGAAAAUUUAACUUUUUCGAAAUUAUUUUUUUCAUUAGAUAUCUCAACAGCUGUACCUGUAACAAAUGCUUUAACACUUGUAGUCACUUAUGUAUGUGAUGUUAUUUCUCAUCCACAAUUAUUAAAUUCCAGAUUUGUACUUGGUAUGCUAUGUGUUUCAAGUGGAGUGGCUCUUUGUGUUCUUUCCAAAGACCAUUAG